CUUUUGAUGUACUCGCCAUUUCUAUUUACUUCUAAUCGGUAAGAAAUGACUUCCCCACUAAAAUACUCUUUCUUUCUGAAGCGUCUGUCACCUACCACCUUGAUCUCGACCUACCAACCGCUUGAUGCCACUGCUUGGUACUGCUGCAUUGAAUCGUUCUCCUGAAACUGUGCUUGCCACCUGUUGUGAGAAAGACAGCUAGGCAGAGAAGUUAAAGGGAUGUGAAAUAGAGAAGAAUGGUUGUGUUGUAAUUUGAAAUGAAAUUGGGACGAUGGUUUCGAUUGUUAGUUUAGUUACUUGCACUCUGUCAUUGUCAGGUGUGAUUGGCUCACUUCUGGUGGUUCAAUGUCUCCUUGGUAUUGCUUAUUUUUGCUAAUUACUGCUAAUUGUGUACUGGCUCUGUUUGCUUCAACAGCUGAUUGUGAUAGCUCAAAGGACAACUACUGCAAUAAGAAACUGCAGAAAUUAAGCAGGGAUCGCGAAGAAUUCAGUGAAUCUGCAGAAAGCAUUGAGGGAGAGGAAAGAGAGGGUGAAAUUUUACACCCAGGAAGAGAGAAACAAAUAAAAUCCAAAAAAAUGAAGAUCUUCGAGAAUGCAACGCGACUACUAACUCGUAACAUAAGAAAUGCAAUGGCUUGGAUGUCCGGUGCUGAUUCGAAUGUUGGUUUAGUCAACAAUUUACAAAGCAAUAAUUUAUUCAAGGAUAAGCGUGUAAGAGAUGCUAUGUUGAAGGUGGAUCGAGCUGAUUUCACGUCUGUAACGCCGUAUGGCGAUCAUCCGGUUUCGAUCGGUUACGGUGCUACGAUCAGUGCCCCACAUAUGCAUGCAUCUUCUCUGGAGCUUCUGAAGAAUCAUCUGAAAGAAGGGAACCGAGCACUAGACGUAGGAUCAGGUUCUGGUUACUUAACAGCCUGUAUGGCGAUAAUGGUUGGUAAAACAGGGAAAGUAGUUGGCAUAGAUCAUAUUCAAGCUUUGGUAGACGAUUCAAAGCGUAACAUCGCGAAACAUCAUGGGGAUUUGUUGACCGAUCACCGUAUAAUUCUUGUAAAAGGAGAUGGUAGGAAAGGUUAUGAAAAAGAAGCACCCUACAAUGCUAUUCAUGUCGGAGCUGCUGCACCUGAAAUUCCUAAUCAGUUAAUAGAGCAGCUUGCUAAAGGUGGAAGGAUGUUGAUUCCAGUCGGUCCUGAAGGUGGUCCUCAGCAGUUUGUACAGGUUGACAAGGAUGCAGACGGAAAAGUGACGCAAAAAAACUUGAUGGGUGUAAUAUAUGUCCCAUUAACUGAUGAGCAGCACCAACUUUACAACUGAAGAGGUUAUUUACAUUUGGAGAAACAUCUUCCAAAACAACAGAAUUCCAACUGCGUUAUAAACUACGUCCAACUACAACUGCGUCAUCGAAACUACGUUGCAUAAAGAUGAAAGCGAGGGAUAGAUCACUAAAAAUUGAGAUUUUAGUGAAAACAGCCGCAUGAACGGAGUACUUUUGUUCCUGAUAUUUAAAUAGAUUGGUUCUAAUUCGUGUAAUAAGCGUAGAACAAUAUUUCCAAUCACAUUCGUGAAUUUUACAUCGAGGUAUUUCCUAGUACCCGUUCAAUCUUUUCUCACCUAAGGAUGAUAAGUUGUAAUUGGUGAUUAAAUUAUAUUGAUUUAUAUAUCGUAAUAGGAAGGUGAGUCAUCAAAAUAUGUUAAAUUCGAAGCUUACUUGUAAAAUGAAUAAAUAGCCAUCAUAUCAGUGCUAAUAAAAUGCCUUGUCAGAAC